ACGUACUACAUUUUACUUGCAAUUAACCAUAUCUAUAUUGUACAAACAACCGUAAAAGCAGUCAGAAAUGACUUGAUGCUUUUAUUUUUUACGAAUUCGUGAAGAACUCGUGUGAGCAGUGCUUGUUUUUUUUAAUUUUUAAUUCACUCGCGGUGGCAUCGACAAACGCUGAAUUUUUAGACUGUGAAUCGAAUUUAGAAGGGUUAAUUCUCUUUAAAAAUGGGAGUUUCUGGUCUUUGGAACGUCCUUGAACCUGUUAAAAGGCCUGUAAAGCUUGAAACUCUUAAUGACAAGAGAUUAGCAGUGGAUGCAUCAAUCUGGAUAUACCAAUUUUUAAAAGCUGUACGCGAUAAAGAGGGAAACCAGCUAAAAAGUAGCCAUAUUGUUGGUUUCUUUCGGAGAAUUUGUAAAUUAUUGUUCUUUGGUAUCAAGCCUGUCUUUGUUUUUGAUGGAGGUGCCCCUGCUUUAAAGCGUCAGACUUUAAGAAAGCGUCAAGCUAGACGAGUUGACAGGCAAGAAAAUGCAGCUUUAACUGCAAAUAAACUUUACGCAUUGCAAAUGAGACACCAGGCUAUUCGUCUUGAAGAGGAAAGUCGAAAGGCAGAGGCUGAAGUAGAUGCUUCUUCACAGGCGAAACAUCAAAAACUAUCUUCAAUGUCCCUAGACAAUCAUGAUGUAAAACCUGCUCUUAAUCAACCAAAAAGAUAUCUUAAACCGGAUCCUUAUCAAUUACCUGAUAUGGAUGUUUCUUUCGAUAAUUUGAACAGCACUCAUGACCCUCGUGUAAUGUCACAAGAAGAUUUAGCCAAUUAUGCAUCAAAUUUUGGGAAUCUAGAGGAUAUAAAUUUAUUUGAUUUCUCAAGUAUUGAUUUUGAUUCAAGCAUGUUUCGGUCUCUCCCUGAUACUGAUAAAUAUAGUAUUCUUAGCGCAGCUCGGCUUAGAUCACGUUUGAGAAUGGGUCUCAGUACUGAACAAUUGGCUGAAAUGUUUCCGAAUAGAAUGGAUUUUUCCCGUUUUCAAAUCGAACGAUUGAAAGAAAGAAAUGACUUAACUCAACGACUCAUGGAUUUUACUGGUAUGAACCAAUUUGGUCCAGGCCGAGUCGCAAGCGAGAAAAAUAGAGAGUAUAUUUUGGUAAAGAACGAAGGCGCUGAGGGUGGUUGGGCCCUUGGUGUUAUUUCUGGAACAGCAAAGAAUGACCCUAUCGUCGUUGAUGAAGAUGCAAUUAAAUUAAGCAGUACAAUGGGAGAAGAUGAUGAAGACGCGGAAUUUAAUGAUGUGCCGCUUCCAGAAACUCAGAAACUCAUGAAUCCAAAAGAAUUGGUAGCAGCAAAAUUGAAGGAAGUAAAGGAGCAUUCCUUCGACGAGGAGUCUGAAAAUAAAGAAAUCGAUGAAAUUAUGACACAGCUAGCUACACAAGAAUCAAUUGAGGCUUACAAUCGCGAUGGGACUACAAACUUGUUCAAUCUCUCUACCGCGGAUAUAGACAACAUUCAGCAGGAGGCAGAAUCUAAUGAAGAUAAAACUCACCCUCCAAAGUCUAAUGAUGUCUCUUCAGUAGAAAAAAAUCGAUCAGAAAAUGCAGUGUUAAAGCUUUCCCAUGUUGACAACGUAGAAAGCUCAGUGCAGAAGGAUGAACCAAAUAAUACAAUUUUUAUGGAUGAUUUACCCACGCUUGAUCAACACGAAAGUAAUUCUGCUUUAGCUUUAGAACCGUUGCCUUUUAAAGAAAUGGACUGGGGAAAAUCCAUAUUUUUUUCGGGUCUUAAGGACAAAGCUCCGGAGCAAAAUGAGUUCAAAAGCUUAAACGCAAGCAAUUCCAUGUUAGCUUCUUAUAAACACGAGUCUGAAAAUGAUACAGGACAACAACAGGAAACCGAAGAGCAGCUUGAUGAGUCACAAAUGAUUCCUCAAGUCGAUAGACCUGAGGGAUCGUUUGAUAUUUUCAAUGGCAAAGCUGCUCAUAUCAAGGAAGAGUCACAACCCUUAGACUCGGACAGGUUUUCUUUACUUGGGAAUGAGGAUAUUAAUAGACCUUCUUCUUCACACGUUCAGGUGGGUGAGGAAGAUUUUCCUUAUAAAAAUGUGAAAGAUUUUCCCAAAGAAUCAUCCAAUGUGAAUUCCAAACAAGUAACAACUCCUGAAGUCUCAAUGAUCGAAACUGUUAAUAAAGCCGAUGAAGAGGAUAACAUUUUUAAGUUGGGUAAGGAAAAUUAUUCUUAUGAAAAUGCGGAUUUUAGAAAUGAAUCGUCCAAUGUUGGUUCCCAAAAAGAAACAAUUCCUGAAGUUCCAGCGAUUGUAAAAGCUAGUAGUGCCGAUGAAGAGGAUAACGUUGAAGUUGCACAGAAUUUAAUGGACGAAGAAGAAGAAGAUAUGAUGAUUCGCAUGGCUGAGGAAGAAAAGGAAUACGAUCGGUUUGUGUCUGAAUUAAAUAAAAAGACUACGAAUAACAGCUGGGACCAGGAAGCUUUUGAAAAGAGAAUCCAAGAACUUAAAGUUCAAAGAAGGACCGAAAAGCGUGAUGCAGAUGAAGUGACGCAAAUAAUGAUUCGAGAAUGUCAAGAGCUACUUCAACUUUUUGGUUUGCCUUAUAUUGUUGCACCUCAAGAGGCUGAAGCUCAAUGUGCAAAACUGCUAGAAUUGAAACUGGUUGAUGGUAUAGUAACCGACGAUUCAGACGUUUUUCUUUUUGGAGGCACGAGAAUUUAUCGUAACAUGUUUAACCAAAAUAAAUAUGUAGAAUUAUAUUUGAUGGAUGAUAUGAAGCGAGAGUUUAAUGUUGAUCAAGUUAAACUUAUACGACUUGCUCAUUUAUUAGGAAGUGAUUACACAAUGGGAUUAGCAAAAGUCGGUCCUGUGUUAGCUUUGGAAAUUCUGCAUGAGUUUCCAGGCGAUGCUGGCUUGUUUGAAUUCAAGCAAUGGUUUCAGCGAUUGUCAACCGGACAAGCAAUCAAGGAAGAUCUGAACACACCUGUUAAGAGACGUGUCAGCAAAUUAUUAGGAAAAGUAAUUAUUCCUCCGGAUUUUCCAAACCCGAUGGUUGAUGAAGCAUAUUUGCAUCCAAAUGUUGACGAUAGCAAGCAGACAUUUCAAUGGGGCAUCCCUGAUUUAGAUGAAUUAAGACAAUUUUUGAUGGCGACUGUAGGAUGGUCCAAACAAAGGGCGAAUGAGGUGCUGCUUCCAAUUAUUCAAGACCUUAAUAGGAAAGAUUUUGAAGGAACACAAUCGAACUUGACACAAUUUUUCUCAGGUGGAAACGUGUUUGCUCCUAGAGUUGCUUAUCAAUUUCGAAGCAAACGAAUGGAAAAUGCUCUUGCAUCUUUUCGAUCUGAACAAAAUGAACAAGAUUCAGCAGCUUCUUUAAGAGUCACAGAUGCUAGUGCCAACGAGGAAAGUGAACGAAACCAAAUGUCUGACGGUUUGAAACGAAGGAUUGCCAAGAGAAAAAAGAUGAUGCAAAAUCGUAAAGAUUCCGAUUCUGAUUCCAGUUCUGAUGGUGAGACUUCCUCCUUAUCCUUUAGCAAACAUUCCCAGCAAACAGCUCCUACUACACUUAAAACUGAACUAUCUACCAAGCUAACUAAGAAACCUUCUAAAAUACGCAAGCGUUAAUGUUUUGUAAGGAUUAUGGCUGAGAUAAAAAAUUUUAGUUAGGGAGAUUAUAAUUAAAAAAAAAUAAAUAAAUAAAAAUAAAUAGAAUUCUAUUUUCCAUUUAUAUUGUAAAACGGCAAUGUUGAAUGUUGU